UGGCCAGUGAGAUGAAUUCGGAGCUGUGGCACAGCAACCACACUCAGAGCAGCUGCACCUGCAUGUUGUUGCCGGAUGAUGCAAGACAGGAAACGAGAGAAGCAGCAAGACAGAAGACAGAACCAGUGAAGGCACGGCUACUUCGUCAUACUGAGCACUUCCAACAAUCACCACACUAGCAGAAAACAGAAGGGAAGCAGGUGAGGUCUGCUAUGCAAGCAUUUAAAUUUGAAUUUUGAUUGAUGCAUCAUUGAGAGGAGACACAGAACUUAAGUCGCACACCAUAAAUUAUCUGAAAUGGGCACUGAGGAGAAAGAUUUAGAGCCUGUGGCUCAACAACCACCAAAGGAGCAGGGAUCACCAGAGAAAGAAAAGGAAUCUCCAGUGGAGCCCCCUCAAGGACAAACAUCUGAGACCACCGAUCCACUCACCACAUACAAGUGGCACACUGGCUCCAAGGGAACGCUUGAUGAGGUGAAAGAAGAAGGGGAAGGAGGAGCUGCUUCUUCCACAUCUACCAUCGAAAGGAUUCAGAAGGCCUCCACCAACAAAUGGAGCAAGAUGCAAAACUGGCGCAAGGCCUUGAGCGAGGACACUGGAGAGAAAAAUGCAUCCAGUGGGAAAAGCGGAGAGGGAGCCAAGCCAGAUAAAAGUGGAGGAAUCAGAAAGAACCCCUUCAGAAGGGCCUUGUCCGAGCCUCCUGGGUCACUGUUUGCAGCCCGGUCACCCACCUCCAACUCUGCCAGCUCAGCUCAAGCAGCUUCAUCAUCAGCUGCUGCAGAGGCCUCAGGGGUCUCCUCCACAGACCCUUCACAGAGAGGAGGUGGAGGGGCACUCUUAAAAAAGUACCUGAGGACUGUGUCCCAGAAGCUCAAAAGACCCAAGCUGCAGAGUCGGAGUAGCACACCAAACCUACUGCCAGAUGUUGGUGAACAGGCAUCAGCUGCACCCACAAGCUGUAGCCUCCCAAGGCUACAGUGGGCCCCGCCUCAGGAGGUCCCUUUAUGGGACAUUAGCAACUGUAUCCUUGAAGAUGGACAAAUUCUCAUUUCUCCAGAGGAAGAGCCUAUGAUGUGGACCCGAAACCGUGUCAGCAGUUGCCUGUCAAACCUCAGUAUGCAGAACCUUGUAGAUAUCGACACAGAAUGUAGCCCUGAUCACAUGGACUUGCCAGGUGGGCCUCGACCAAAGAACCAAGAUGGCGGUGUGAGGGCACUGAUCAAGCGACGUCUUGAGAACAGGGCCAAGAGGAAUAGCAACACACAACUAAACCCAAUUCCACUAAGCAAAGGAAACAGGCACUAUGGUUCUCGGGAGUCUGUGUCAAUUCCAGUCAGUGCAAUGGGCAGUCUCGAUCUGAGUGCAGACACCAGCACUGUCAUCAGACCAGUCCACAGCUCCAUUUUGGGGGAGAAAUACUGCUUUGAGGUAAUAAACUCUGAGAACACCCACUGCUUCGGCUGUUCCUCAGCUGCCGAACGAGAUCGCUGGAUCGAAGAUCUGAGACGGGCUGCCCAGCCCAAUAAGGAUAACAUUGAGCGCACAGAGAACUCCCUGAGUCUGUGGGUAAAUGAAGCUAAGGAUCUGCUACCCAAACGACGUUAUUACUGUGAGGUACACCUGGAUGGGACCCUGUUUGCCCGCACCACCAGCAGAGCUGUUGUCAAACCUUCUAACAACUCCAACCUGGCUGGAGACAACUCUACUGGGUCUUCAGGAGGCCUAGGGGCUAGUGGAGGUGUGACUGGAGGGUGCCAGUUAUUCUGGGGUGAAUUCUUUGAGCUAGACAACCUGCCCUGCGUCUCCCAAAUCACCCUACACCUCUUCCGCGAAGAAGACCCCAAAAAAAAGCGUCACUCCCGAGAUGAGUCCAUCCUUCACCCACUGGGCAGUGUGACCAUACCUUUAGCUGAGAUCAGAGGGAGGACCUAUCAGGAGAAAUGGUAUCCCAUCACUCCAUACAAGGUGUCAGGCACAGCGGGGAACAAAGAACUGCUUGGGUCACAGGCUUCACUUCGCAUCAGGGCCCGUUUCCAGAAUUUGCAGGUGUUGCCAAUGGAAAAAUACAAAGAGUUUGCUGAGUAUGUGACCGUGGAUUAUGUGGAAAUGUGCAGAAACCUGGAGCCACUUCUGAAUGUGAAGGAGAAGGAAGAGCUUGCAGGAGCACUGGUCCAUGUACUGCAGAGUAUUGGCAAAGCCAAGGAGUUCCUCAUUGACUUAGGCAGUGCAGAGGUGGAGCGUCUUGGAGAGAAAGAGGCACUGAUCUUCAGAGAGAACACACUAGCCACUAAAGCCAUAGACGAUUAUAUGAAGCUAGUUGGCCAGAAGUACCUCAUUGACACACUAGGGGACUUUAUCAAUCGUCUUUACACUUCAGUGGAGAACUGUGAAGUUGACCCUCGUAAAUGCCCUGCAUCUGACCUGUCAAACAACCAGAAGCACUUGAGGGAGGCCUGUGAGGAGGUGGUGCAAAAGAUUAUUAAGAUCCAUGGACCCUUUCCUGAAGAGUUAAACAAGAUCUUCUCCCGCUGGGUGGAGCUGUGUGAAGACCAGGACAGACCAGAGAUUGGUCAACGUCUCAUCUCUGCAUCCCUCUUCCUUCGCUUCUUAUGUCCUGCGAUCCUCAGUCCUUCUCUUUUUGGUUUGACGCAACCUUAUCCAGAGCCAAGCACCCUGCGUACCCUCACCUUAACUGCCAAAGUCAUCCAGAAUCUGGCAAACUUCACCCUGUUUGGAGAGAAGGAGGAAUAUAUGCUCUUUAUGAACGAAUUCCUGCAGCAACACUGGGAUGGGAUGAGGGGCUUUCUACAAACAGUUUCCAAUUCAGACACUGAAAUCCCAAUGACUUCCUUCGAUGGUUAUGUGGACCUGCCUCUGCGCUUGGCUGUGCUGCAUGGCCUGCUGGUAGACAUCAUCUAUCAGAGGGACCAGGAUACAGUUGACAAGCUGAGCCCUCUGCCUUCAAUUCUGAACCAGAUAUCAGAGUCUCUGGGCCCUGAAGCACCACGGAUCAUAGUUAGCAGCCAAAAGGGACAAGCCAAACCAGUGUACGUUCCUCCUAGCAAGUUGUCUGAGUACAGCCCUCACCAAUCAUCCCUUCAGCAGCUUCCUGUAGACUCCAAAGGGCUACAAGAGGGGACUCGAAGGAGAGAGAGAAAGCCAGUAGCCAGAACUCAGAGUGCUCCACACAGACGUCCCGGGCAGGCAAAACAUGCAAUGAAGAGGCAAACAAGUUCUGAAACUUUGCCGACAGCUGAGCAGCAAUCUGAACAAGAGAUGGAGACCAACCAGCCAUGUAUCUCAUCGCCAAAUCCUAAUACCAGUAUCAAACGGCAACCUGCACCAGUUCCCUGGAUCAAAGUUCCAAAAUCCAACAGGGAGUCAAGUGAGAUAAAGACUGAGAAUGAAGAGUUCAACUUACUGGAUAGGCAUGCUCAAGAGCUGUCAGAGCUUCGCCUGGGAAUAGAGCAGGUGACAGAGCGUGAGCUGGAAAUGGCAAAGCGACUGGAGGACUUCAUUAUCCAAAGCCAGGACCAGAAUGCAAUGCUGCAGGCUGAGGUGAAUGAACUCCAAAAUCUGCUGGCUUUAAGAGAAGAGCAGCUCGCCAGCGCCACCUUCAGGCUGGGUGUGAUUGAAGAGGAGCGGGAGGAAGAUGAGAGGAAGCUAAGUGUUGCCAUUGCAGCAGCUGAACGAAUGAACAUAUUGGAGGAGCAGUUUGCAGGUCUGCUGAAGGACCUUCACCAGCUCAGUGAGACCUGUAAUAAGGCCCAAAACAACAUACAGCAUCCUGAAAAGCCACGGAUCAACAACAACUGAACCCUGAAAAUGAAAAGAUUUUAAGCUGCGGUAUCACAAGUUUGUGUAAAUACAUAGAAACCAGGUGGAAACCACUGCCUGAAGUCACAGUUAUGGUUUCCUGAUCAGGUGCCUGCCUUUUUUAUGAACCUAUUCAUAAGUGAUGUGAAUGGGCAAACUCCGACUGAGGUGAAUAUGACAGCUGCAGGAUUUGUCUGCAUUUCAGCUUUUACUGUAUCUCAGCUACAAAUGUAUUGUAAACUUUUCUGAUAAAUAAAAUGAACUACAACCUAAAA